UAGUUUAGAUUAGUUGUAGUUAAGAUUUCGUAGAGUAAUAAACUUUAGUGAGAACAAAAGUGUUUUGUUUGUUGCUUUUUUGUUUUUGUAAUUAUGAACUUGGCAGAUUUGUCGUGAAAAAAACUCUGAUACAAAAUGAGUGUGUUAAAUGUAAAGCAUUUUUUGUUGUUCGAGGCAGUUGUUUUGGUACUAGGCAACACGGAAACAGUUCAUUCAGAUAAUCCACAAAGUUCCACAAACAAUUUCACCACAUACCGACUGAAUGUUCCCGGCUCACUUGAUCCGAUUACCAUAAUUGAGGAGAUCAGUCAUGCGUCAAAACUAAGUGAUAGACAGGCGGAGAACACAAACAGAGAUGCAGAAAAGAAAAUGUUGGUACGACGAACUGGAGACCGAUUCACGGAAAAAGAAUUAGUUUCACUAUCGCCAUCAGCAGAGCAACGACUGAACAAUCGAAAUCAUGAUGUUCGAGCAACACUGAGUUUUCAAAUCAGCGAUCCGGGUAAACCGCAGGAAGGUGACGAUACCAAGGGAGAUGUAGACCAGAAGAAGAACGCGUAUCCUCCAUCGUUGCUGAAAAAGUUUAUCAAAGAUUAUUCGGAAAAAAUCAAAAAUGCCGACGAAUCAACCAAGAAUGCAUUGAAAGAGAUCGAGAAGAUGAAUCAAAAACAUACGAAUACGGAGGAGGAAGUGACAACGGAUCGUAUGGAUUUCAUCAAUGACGACGAAAUCGAGCAGAAAUACAGCAAAUGGAACGACCGCUAUUCGCAUAAGCAUCAAAGUCAAACCAAUCCGUACAACGACAAAGAUGGCUGGGUUACCUUGGAGGCGGUUCCGUGGUCGUCGAGCAAGGUAUCAAAGUGGUAUCCAAACAGCAGUAAAUUCAGUCACAAAAAUUCGUACGAUUCACCGCUUUCCCAUCAAACAAGCUACAACGACGACGAUGACGACAAGUAUCACAACAGUUUUCCCAAGCCACGUCCACCGCCAAGUUACCACGAUGAAUUCAACGAUGACUAUGCAGACGACCACCCGACACAGAAGCCGGUAUACACUUCAUAUGACGCAUAUAGACCACCUCAACCGAGCAAUCGUCCGCAGUACUCAUGGAGCCAGAAUCAGAAUACCGGCUAUGAAAAGCGGCCCACAUAUAAACCGAGACCACAGUACGAUUUCAACCAACAAUCUAAUAGUAACAAUCAGCAUCAGUGGUACGAUGAUGAUCGUCAUGAUGUAAGUGACUAUUAUGACGUCGACAGAAACACACCGAAACCAUGGAGUCAGGAUAUCAUAACUGACAAUCGACCUAGUAAUUUCCCGUACCGAACACCAUCAAAGCGACCACAUUCAUCUGAUCGUGAUCCAACAAAAUAUCGUCCAUUUUCACAUCCAGACAACGGUGACGGUGAAUGGGUUCUCGUUUCAACCACUAAAGGUUAUCAAACACCCAAACGUAACGGAAAACGGGCAUUAAAUUUGACAAACAUUCAAGCGAAUGACCUGCUAUCUCAUCAUUCUGUUAAACUAACGGUUCUACCGGCUAAAAACAACACGUUCUCUUAUGAUCACAAACCUAUGGCACUAUCACAUGGCGGUAUGCUGGAAGUCGAGUCGUCAUUUGAAAGUGUCGAAGAUAGUGCCGCAUUGAGCAAUAGCGGUAAUAAACCGCUUGUUGUCAAAAAACGUAAAGUAUAUCGUAAUGUGCCUAUGACCAAAGGAAUCACUACAUCAAAUAAUGAUGGACCAGCAAUGCUAGCUGCUGUUGGUGCAGGUAUGAUUCCUGCAACGAUGGCAAUGCUAAUGCCAAUGGUGUUAGGACGUCGGAGGCGGAGCGUUGAAGAUUCUGUUGUACCCAGUGCUACAUUAGUUGUAAGAGAUUUUAAGUAAUUUAUUGAAUAAAAGAGAUUUACAAUAUAGUU